AUGCCGGGGGGCCGCGCCCGGGGCCCCGCCGCCGGGGCCGGGCGGCUGCGGCUGGCGCGCCUGGCGCUGCUGCUGCUCGGCUGGGCGUCCGCGUCCUCGCCGGCCGCCCCGGCGUCGGCGCCCCCGGCCUCCGCCCCGCCGCCGUCGGUCCCCGCGGCGGCCUCCGCCCCGCCGCCGCCCCGGGCCGCCCGCUGCCCCGCGCCGUGCGAGUGCUCGGAGGCGGCGCGCACCGUCAAGUGCGUGAACCGCAACCUGACCGAGGUGCCCGCGGAGCUGCCCGCCUACGUGCGCACGCUCUUCCUCACCGGGAACCGCCUGGCCGAGCUCCCCGCCGGCGCCUUCGCGCGCCGGCCGCCGCUGGCCGAGCUGGCCGCGCUCAACCUCAGCGCCAACCGCCUGGGCGCCGUGCGCGCCGGCGCCUUCGAGCGGCUGCCGGGCCUGCGCCAGCUCGACCUCAGCCACAACCCGCUGGCCGACCUCAGCCCGCUGGCCUUCGCGGGGCCCGGGCCGCUGGAGGAGCUGCUGCUGAGCCACGUGGCCGCGCCGCCCGACGCGCGCCACAACCGCAGCCUGGAGCGCAUGCUGGCCGAGGCCCUGCGCGCCGCGGCGGGCGCCCCGGGCCGGGCGCUGCGCGGCCUCCGCCGCCUGGAGCUGGCCGGCAACCGCCUGCUGCACCUGCCCCGGGACCUGGGCGCGCUGCUGCCGGGCCUGCGCCACCUGGACCUGCGCAACAACUCGCUGGUGAGCCUGGGCGCCGGCGCCCUGCGCAACCUGAGCCUGCUGGAGAGCCUGCACCUGGAGGACAACGCGCUGAAGGUCCUGCACAACGCCACGCUGGCCGAGCUGCGCGCCCCGCCCCGCCUCGCCCUCUUCCUCGACGACAACCCCUGGGUGUGCGACUGCCACAUGGCCGACAUGCUGGCCUGGCUCCGGGAGACCGACGCGGUGCGCGCCAAGGCCCGGCUCGCCUGCGCCUUCCCGGAGAAGCUGCGCGACCGCCGCCUGCUGGAGCUGGGCAGCGCCGACCUGGACUGCGACCCCGUCCCGCCGCCCUCCCUGCAGACCUCCUACGUCUUCCUGGGCAUCGUGCUCGCCCUCAUCGGCGCCAUCUUCCUCCUGGUGUUGUACUUGAACCGCAAGGGCAUCAAGAAGUGGCUGCACAACAUCCGCGACGCCUGCCGCGACCACAUGGAGGGCUACCACUACCGCUACGAGGUCAGCGCCGACCCCCGCCUCACCCACCUCGGCUCCAACUCGGACGUGUGAGC